AUGUUCUCAUCAUCAAAAGAGACAAAGCCUUUGUGUGACUACCUCGGAAUAGAGGAUGCAGUGGACUAUGGUAGCGAUACCAGCGUCCAGGGUGAUACAGGGACAGUGUCCGACUCACCGAUGCCUGAGGCGCAACCUUCGAAUACCUUAAGUCCGUUCUCUGAACGUGGAGAUGCGAGCGUGCCACUGGCGCAGCAUUUAACACCUGGUUCUGAUGAAACUACCAUCACGAACCCGCUCGAUGAGCAACAACAAAUGCUUGUCCAACGAGAAAAAAUCGCUCAGCGUCAUGCACAAAUGGUUACAACCCUCGAGCGCCAACGUGACUAUGUGUUCACUCCACCCAGUGUGGAGGAGCGUCUACGUCAAGCGGUCGGCCAAACAUUGACGACGUGGGUCAUUGGACGUGGGCCUAAGACUCCUCAGGAGGUGAUUACCUUCCAGGCACAUCGUGAGAGGUACCUGGAGCCACACCUAACGACUCAAAGUCAACACAAGACACGCCUUGACAUGCAAGCGCGUGGUGCACCAGUUCCACCGAUCAAGGGUAUACCCAUUCUCUUGUUCGCAGUCGAAACAGUGAGAGAAGAAGACGAUGCCUUCGUUCGCUGGGUGCACCAUGUACGUCGCCUCAGCAACGUUUUUGCUCUAACGGCUAGUGCCCAUGACGCUGAUAUGCGUCUUGAACGCAAGCUUCGGUAUGAUUAUGCCAAGCUUAAGGCCAGAGGCCAAUUGCGCAAGCGCACGCGCUAUGCUUCAGCUACUACGAUAGCCACGAGUGCUGGUCAGUCUGUGACCAACAACCCACCAACCCACACCACUAGUGGUGGGAAACGGCCUUGGUCUCGAGAUGAUCAUGACCACGAUGCUCAAAGCAUCCAAAGAAUAAGGGCAGUCUUGCCGAAGGGGUAUCUCAAACUCCCACGAGUUUUCAGACUCAGGGUACCCUCGCCACUUUACCAGAUGAUGGUAUUGGCCCUGACGACGACGCCGUUGUAG